UGACAAAACUGCAUAAUAUGAGACCCUAUGAAGCUUGCCAUCUUUUGGCACCUCCAUUUGUUGCAGACAUGGAGGGUAAAACCUACAAGUUCCAGGUCAAGGUCAGUGCAUACAACUUCACUGAAAACCAUCAAAUUUUUACGAUCUCCUGCAUCCUUAGUGAAGGUGACCGUAUGCCGCUCCCUCAGUUUGUUGUCAAUGGAGGUGAUGAUGACAAUGGAGACGACAACAGUGGUGCCAUCUCGGUUGGUGUUAAGGUGGAGACUGGUGGUAGCAGUCAGGUGCAAGGAUCCUCGGGAAUUAAGAAGAAGGCACGUACGGCAUAGGUGGAGAGGAUUGGAUACUUGAAGUUGUGCAGUAUUUUCCGCUUUCAGUAAUGCUUACGCAUGUGUUUUUUUAUCCAUGUUUUGUUGACCACUUAAUCUUUGAAUCUUGGUUAUUUUAUAUUUGGUUACAGACAAGCUUUAUUAAAUCUAUCACGUUUUCCA